ACUAAAACUGAAAUAAUACAAUAAGACACAACAAAACACUUACACCAAAAAUAAAACAACUCAAAAAUCAACAUUUUUAUAACUAAAACGCGAAAAUCAUGCAGAAAUCACAAAAUGAAGACAUUAAGCCCAAGCUUAACACUUCGUUGGCGAAAAAGAAUAUUCUCCUUGGAUUACCGAAGAUAAGCAAACUAAAAUUUCGUGCCACCGAACAAUUACCUAUUUCAACCAGGGACUAUGGACUAAUGCGAUCGACGAAUAAAAGUUCAACUCCAUUUCCACGAGCCCAACCAGGAAUCGAUGCCACUUUACUAAAGGCUCGGCUAACAAUGCGCCGAGAUUACGAGAGAAGACGAACGUCUUCAAACACCUCGGUAAAAUUGGACCAAAGCCCUAGUUUCAGCGAUAUGGAUUCCCAGCAUUCAAGCAUUAAUAACGCAAAAGUCAACGUUUUUCGUCGCUUCUCGCAAGCCAAAGAAACUUACAAGGAAAUGCUGUCUGUCGGCACACCUCAUCCAAACAAAGGCGUGGCUCUGAACGCAAAGAUGCUAGCUCGUCGCCUGACCGAUAUAAAUGAGCAGCUUAAGCUGCCUCCAGAUCCUAAGCCAGCAAAUCCACCGGUCCGUACGAAAGUCCAGAAAAAGAAAGUCCUUCUAUCAACAGCUGUCCACAAUUUUGACUCGCCACCUCACGAGGAGGACUCUCCGCCAAUUGGAGAAAUGGUCAGUAAGAGGUUGAGUUCUCGCUUGACCAAAAUGGAUUUCGAUGCCUCAGAGAGUUCGUCAUCUUUGAAUCUAAAGAAGCCUCUGUUAAGUUUCGCAGAACGACGACGGUUAUUCAACGAGGGCGAGUUUACCAUUGCAAAACAAGGUAGAAAAAUGAGUAAUGUGAUGAUGGCAUCACCAAUGGAGAGCUACGAGUUUUCCGACAAGAGUGCGCAUUUCGCGCAGAAGGCAAAAAUGGAAAUGGAGAAAUAUAUGAAAUCCCAGGGCCUGAUAAAAAUAUCCAACAAUCAGGUUACCAUGACUCGGUUACUUAGCCGCGGAUCUGAAUUAACGAGUCCAUCGGGAUCAAUAAUUAAUACUAACAAGGACCAAAAACCCGUCAGCUACAAGGAUUUCCGGUAACUUAACUAGCAUGAAUGUUGAGGUAACCAAAAUAUUUUAAGCUUUAGCAGUCUUGCUAGUUGAAAAGCAAGAUUUCUGAGUUCAUUCAAAGUAUUUCGAGAUUGAAUUGUGAAAAUUUUUGGUCAGCCUAUUUGACUCAGUAUAUGUUAGAAGAUUAUGAAAUAAAAGUUAAAAGGCUUUCUGCAUUAAAAUUGUGUUAAUAUUUAUU